UCAUUCAUUCGUAAGGGGGGACCUUAACUCAGCCAUUCACAUUGUCAUUUUUUUAUUUUCAUCUUAUAAAACUAUUUCUGUGUCUGUUUCUAUAAUUUUCAGUCGAUACUUAGCCAACAGGCUAUAGCCUAAUUUGUAGCAGCUCUCACUCGAAAAGUUUUUCCGCAAAAAAAAACUCAGGCAGAUGAAACGUUCCUCUCAACACGCCUGAAAACAAAUUUCUACUCGCAACCAUAUUUUCGUUUAAAAGGUUGCAAAAAUCUUUGUCUCGACUUCAUGAAUUAAGUAGCUCGAAAACCCUGGUAAACUAGAUCUUCUUUUCGCUUACUGUGAAUGGAUUGAAGCAGCAGCUGUAGGGAGAGUGGUUUUGCUUCGUCUCAUUUCAAAAAUGUAAAAUUCUGCUUUGGCAGGGUUUCGUAAUAUUUUUCCUGCAAACUCUGCCCAUUUUUCUCAUCGGCAUCGUUGACAGCACAACACAAUUGCGCAGAAUCUUGAGGCUGGGGAGCUAAAGCAUGGCUAGCAUUUACAAUCUGUUUAUCAUAAAUAAAUCUGGCGGCCUCAUUUUCUGCAAGGACUAUGGAUCAGCGGGGCGAAUGGACACAAAUGAUAGCUUGAGGCUUGCUAGUUUAUGGCAUUCUAUGCAUGCAAUAUCACAACAAUUGUCCCCUAUUGUGGGCUGUAUGGGUAUUGAGCUGCUUGAGGCAGAUACCUUUGAUCUUCAUUGCUUCCAAUCGUUGACAGGAACAAAGAUUUUUGUGGUCAGUGAACCAGGAACCCAGGGGAUGGAGCUACUUCUGAAAUCAAUAUAUGAAUUGUACACAGACUAUGUCUUGAAAAAUCCGUUUUAUGAGAUGGAAAUGCCAAUCAGGUGUGAGCUUUUUGAACUUAAUUUGGCACAAGCCAUCCGCAAAGAUAAACCAGCAUUUGGUGGCCGAUAAAUGUUUUACUUGUGGUGAUUUUUACUGUUCAAAAGUUGUAUGAAAGGCAAAUACCAAGGUCUUUAAAAAAGGUAAAUCAUCAUAUCUGUUUUAUUUCUGUGAUUGUUGCAACUUAGUAGAUGGCAACAGGUAUUCUGGUAUUUGCAGGCGGUCAUUGUCAGUUUUUAAUCAAGAAAAUGAGGAGAUAGUUUGCUACUGCAUAAGGUAGAUACUACAAAAGCAUGUUAAUGUAAGCAUAGCACUUCAAUGCUGUGUCCUGAUAAAAGAUUUUCCUUCCAAAUAAUUGUGGAUUUGGCUUUUCAUUAGUUUGGGGAGAUGAGGGUUUUCAUAUUUGUCAUUGUAGCAUAAAUAUGCUGGACAUAUUUGUCUGAUAUUUAUUCUUUUCUCAUUGGAAUAUUUUGAAACAUUCAUUCUACACAAUAAUUAUAAUUGUGGGCAUACUUGUUAUCAGUGGAAAGUGCUUAAGAAAAGAUUAUGUUGUGCCUUGACACAAGCAAGGAAGCUUCAACAAACUUGGCUCCAAACAUGAAGGUAAAGUCAGAUAUAUUUAAGUGCUAAAUAUCCUGGUAAUUGAUAGUAUGAAUGCUGUCUAUAGGAUUGAAAGAUCUUGCCAUGAUACAAGCACCAUGAGUUCCAUCAAAUAUUGGAAACGCUAUCAAUACACAGUUUACAGACCGAGCCAAAAAGGUUUGAGAUCAUACUUGAAAUAAAGGGCUCAAAAUAUGCAAAGGUCAUAAUACACUGUUUGAUGUUAUACUCUCCACUGGUGCUCAAUUUUUUCUAGAUUGUUACUCCACAUUUUCAUUCUCGCUUUUAACAUUCAUUUUGUAAUUUACAAAUUGUACAGAAGUGACAUGGACAUGGGCUGGUUUUGUUGACAUCUGUUGGUGGUUGAUUCUCUUUGUAGUGCAUUAUGUUUGAAUAAUUUGCGCUGUGUAAUUGAGUCCAACAAGAAAAAAAUAUUGUCAUUGGCAUUUGGAUUGA